UUACGUACGCACGCACGCACGUACAGCCUGAGUACGUGCCCGGUUGCAUGGUUUGUGCUUCCACUGUUUUCUAUGUUGUCGCGUAUUAUUCACCUUCUUAUGGGUGUUAUCUCGUGUUUAAGGAGCUUUGGAGCGUAGCACGGCUUGACUGUGGCGUGCGACAACAGUUAGCCCAGUGAAAAAGAUGUGAUAGGCAGACAGGCUAACGACUUGUGAACAAGCUGCUAGCUACUUUUAGCUUGUUAAGCUCAGCUGGAAAAGUCCGGUUCUGCCAAAUAUGGUUAGAAGAAUCACUAGUUAGCAGCAAGGUUACUGCUGUUCUUGGCGUUUUAGUGCUGUUCUGAGGAGAUACUUUACUCGGACAGUUAAAUCUUAACGUCUUCAUCUUGCAGCACGGGGCGAGCGUGGUGGUGACCGUCCUUGACAGCUGUGUGCGCGUGGAUCUCACUUGACUGUGAAACAUCUGUCGAGUACUGACAGGAGUCAGUAUGUGCGCUCCCUAACAGCUGCACUACGCAGGACCCUGAGUAACUCUAACCGGACCUUUGUGAAGUUUUUGGUUGUAGGUUCAUUUAAUAAGGAUGGCUCGCCGUUCGGUGCUGUGCCACGGGAGUCGAGCCAUCAGCCUGCUGUAUGGAAACACUCUUCGCCCCCUCCACGCUUCACUGUGCAGCGCAUCACCACAACCGAAAGCUGGGUUCAAACCAGAAAAGGUAGCAGUGGUCACAAAGACUACGCGGUAUGAGUUUGAACAGCAGCGGUAUCGCUAUGCAGGAGUUUCUGAAGAAGAUCUAAAGCAGUUGCUUGCUAUGAAGGGCUCCAGCUACAAUGGCCUUCUGGAAAGACACAACAUCCACACUAGCAACGUGGAGCACAUUGUGAAGAGCCUGCAGAGAGAAGGCAUUACUGUACAAGUGGUAAAAAGAGGAGAAUACAAUGAAGAUGUAGUGCGGUGGGCAGAUACCAUUAUCUCUGCUGGAGGUGAUGGAACAAUGCUACUUGUGGCCAGUAAGGUUUUUAGCAAAGACAAACCAGUCGUUGGAGUUAACACAGACCCUGAAAGGUCAGAAGGUCAUCUGUGCCUGCCUGUGCGAUACACUCGUGCCUUCCCAGAGGCACUGGAGAAGCUGUGCCGUGGUGAGUUCAGGUGGCUGUGGCGUCAGAGGAUCCGUCUGCACUUAGAGGGAACAGGAAUAAAUCCCAAUCCAGUGGACCUCCACGAACAGCAGCUCAGCCUGGAGCAGCACAACCAAGCUCACCGCUUCACCUCUAUGGACAACUUAAACAGGACAGGAACACUACAUGAGACCUUCCACAAGCCUAGCCUUCUCCCUGUUAGAAGCUUAAAUGAAAUCUUCAUUGGAGAAUCUCUGUCUUCCAGGGUGAAGUUAAAAUCCUUCAAACCCCAUGUUAACCUCUUGCUCCAUAGGGCUUCCUACUACGAGAUCUCCGUGGAUGAUGGCCCAUGGGAAAAACAAAAGAGUUCUGGACUGAACAUAUGCACAGGAACAGGAUCCAAAGCCUGGUCAUACAACAUCAAUAAACUUGCUGAACAAGCAGUGGAAGAAGUUCUAAAAAUUGGGAAAUCCCAGUCAGGUCUGGAUAUCCCCCUUAACCAAGAAUUAAUUGAAAAAGUUACAGAGGAAUACAACAAGUCUCUGGUGUUCAGCCCAGAUGACAGCCGUUUGUUCUACAGCGUCAGGGAGCCCAUCGUGAACAGGGUCUUCUCCAGCAGUCGACAGAGAGGCUUUGCCACAAAGUUGUGUGUCCGCUCCCGCUGUUGGGAUGCUUGCAUGGUGGUGGAUGGUGGGACUUCCUUUGAAUUCAACGAUGGUGCUAUCGCUACAAUCAGCAUGAGCGAGGAGGACCAGCUCCGGACUGUUGUGUUAGAAAACUGAGACAAGUCUGAAUAUCUCUCAAGCUAACAGUGUUCACAAGUGGAUGUGUUCAAAGGGAAGUAUUUGUCCUUUGCUUUUGUUUUAUUAUACAUAUUUUACAAACAAAACCCAUUUACACUUUCUUUUCAUUUUUAAUAUUUGUGUCAAUAUUCCAAGCUACAAAGAUGAUCCCUUAUUUAGAUACAGUUUCUGAUUAUAUUUACGGUAUAUCAGCACAAGCCCUAAAGUGAGCAGUGAAACUAAGGCCAAGAUGAAAGAAUGUAAAAACUCUUUGUAGACCUGAAGUCUUUUGGAAACGUCAGACAUAAAAGCUACACUGAUCCAGCAAACUGUUUGUGAAUAUUGCCCCACACUGAAACAGGACAAAGAUUUUCAGUAGGUUUCACACUACUGAGUGAGCUUUAAGAAUAUGGGCAAAGUUAUUCAGAGUUAUUGUUGUCAACAAAUCCAAAUUACUCUGCCUCAAGUUUAUCAUUUAUUGCUGAAUACACAAAAACCCUUUAAACAGAACAUGGCUGCAGAUUUCUAAGGAGUUCAAACUUCUGAUAUUGAUACAUCAGGUGAUUCUUUUUAUACAUGCAUUACGAUUAGGACAGUGUCACACUUUGACUUCCUGAUUAUCACCACUGAUAGCAUAACUUGAGCUGAUUAUGAAAUGCUUGACUCAUGUGAGGAGCUUUCUGGGAAAUUGAAGAUGAAGUAAAAGUGCAAGAACGUGGGGAGAGUGUAACCAUAAAUGUACAAAACCACACAAUAACACAAUUGUUAUUGAAUGUUAUUGAAAUACUAAUGACAAUUGGUAUUUCAGUUUUUAAUUUUUGCUUUUUACCAUGUUACAUCUCCAAUCUAUCUAUCUCUAUCUAUCUAUCUCUCUAUAUAUAUAUAUAUCCUUUUAUUUUCAAACUGAUUAGUAACUUACUGGCACAACCGUCUGGCUCUGUGAUGCGUUCCUGUUACAUGUGAUGCGCAGUGCUAAGAGGAAUGUGGAAGCAAAGCCCCCUGCUGGUCAAACUGUGACAGGGUUUUUAAACACCCCACCAAAACAAAAGUUUUUUAACACUCGACAUAUGUACUGAUGGCACAACUAGCAUGGAGUUCUUUUCUGUUCCUACAGACCACUCAAAGCACUCCAUUUUAAAUAUAUAUCUAUAUAUAACUGGAUAUGUUAAGUUAUUAUCAGCCAAUAC